GAGGUAGGCGGCGAACGCGCAAAAUUUGAAAGUUCACCGGAAACAACGUUGACCGAGAGGAAAACAGUGUGCUCCGUAGCAUGUCAAUGUUUCUGUGUAUAUUAAAAACUAAGUUAUAACUACCUGCAUGGCAGUCUGGUGAGUAAUCUCAUACCGUACUGUGUUGUCUCCGUAAAUAUAACUGAAGGACACUCAUGCGUGUCGCAUUAACGCUUUUCUUUGUUAGGGAAGUUAGCAAACGCUGGCCAACGUUAACUUAGCAUGCUAAAGGGGCGCAUUGUUGACACAGUUUUUCCUUGGGGUUUCUAUAACCUCAUAUUACCGUCGUAGAUGUCAUUAAUCCGUUAACGCGUUACAUAUAAGUACACAUUUCCUUUCACUUCGACCUAGUGUGUCAUUCGACACACAGCUUAUGCGUUGUUAAGAAGACAUGUUGAAGUUCAAAUACGUGAGUCAGGGAAACCUGAAAACGCUGCCGUCCUCUGCGGACCCCAUCACCAGCCGCAGCUCGCGGCUCAACCAGGUGUUUCAGGGACGAGUCAGCCUGUGUGGGCAGCAGGGAGGACGCACUUUAGGUCGGGAAGAGUUUCUGGAGGCUCUGCUGCUACUGUACCAAGAGUGCGCCUCCCCAGAGCUUAUGAAGAUACAUCAUGUGGCCAACUUUGUCAAUAAGUUUUCUGAAGUGGUAUCAGAGCUGCGGGCCCUGCAGCCUUGGCUUCAUGACUUUGAAGUGCGUGCAGUGGUGGGUCGUGGUCGCUUUGCCGAAGUCCAAGUAGUCCGGGAGAAGGCCACUGGGGAUGUUUGUGCACUGAAGGUCAUGGACAAGACAGUUUUACGCACACAAGAAAAUGUGGUUUUUCAUGAAGAGGAGCGGAGGAUACUGUCUCUGAACAGCAGUCCCUGGAUCCCGCAGCUUCUCUACGCCUUCCAGGAUAAAGAACAUGUCUACCUGGCGAUGGAGUACUUGCCAGGCGGCGACCUGAUGUCCCUGCUAAACCGAUACGAGGAUCAGUUUGAUGAGUCCAUGGCUCAGUUCUAUUUGGCUGAGCUGGUAGAGGCCAUUCAUGCUGUCCACCAGCUGGGCUAUGUCCACAGAGAUGUCAAACCGGAAAACGUUCUCAUCGAUCGGAUUGGUCACAUUAAGCUGGCAGACUUUGGAUCAGCUGCCAGGCUGACUGCUAACAAAACAGUUUCAGCUCCCACAGUCCCAGUUGGAACCCAGGACUUCCUCUCCCCAGAGGUCCUUGCAGCCAUGAAUGGGGGCUCUCACAGCACCUACGGGGUUGAUUGUGACUGGUGGUCCCUUGGGGUCAUAGCCUAUGAGAUGAUCUAUGCCAGGUCGCCUUUUUCUGGUGGCACUUCUACCAAGACAAUCCACAACAUCCUCAACUUUCAGCGCUGCCUUAAGUUUCCGGAGGAGCCGCGGGCCAGUAAGCACUUUGUAGACCUUUUGCAAAGAUUGCUUUGUGAAGCCAAAGAGCGACUGGGUUUCCAGGGACUCCGCUGUCACUCUUUCUUCUCCAGUGUAGACUGGAACAACUUAAGACAAGUUCUCCCGCCUUUUGUUCCUGCGUUGCACUCUGAAGAUGACACCUCUAAUUUUGAGGAGCCGGAGCAGGCAGCCCCCCGGCCAGCCUCAGCAGCCCAGCGAGGAGCUCUGCCAACGGGCUUCCAGGGCCAGGAUCUGCCCUUUCUAGGCUGGUUCUUCAGCAGAGCGUUGACAGCAUUGGCCAAAACUGAGUCAGUGUCCGCAGGCCUCAACUCUCCUGCUAAGACCAACUCCAUGGAAAAGAAACUGCACCUUAAAAGCAAAGAAUUACAAGAAACUCAAGACAAAUGUCACAAGAUGGAGCAGGAGAUCUCCAGGUUUCAGCGUAAAAUGACUGACCUGGAGUCAGUACUCCACCAGAAGGAUGUGGAGCUGAAGGCGUCCGAGACUCAGAGGAGCAUUCUGGAGCAAGACCUUGCCACCUACAUUACUGAGUGCAGUAGCCUAAAGCGAAGCUUGGAGGAGGCACGUGUGGAGGUCUCCAGAGAGGAUGACAAGGCCAUGCAGCUGCUGCAUGACAUCCGCGAACAGAGCAACAAGCUGCAGGAAAUUAAAGAGCAAGAGUACCAUGCACAGCUGGAGGAGAUGCAGGUGACCAUCAGGCAGCUGGAGGAGGACCUGUCAGCUGCCCGACGCCGCAGUGACCUCUACGAAGCUGAACUUAGAGACUCCAGGCAAACAAGUGAGGAACUCAAAAGAAAAGCUGUGGAAUACCAGCAGAGAAUCCAGAAGGCUAAAGAGCAGGGCAAAGCCGAAGUGGAGGAGCUUCUCUCCAAACUAGAGAAGACCAAUUCUGAGCAGCAGGUAAAAAUCCAGGAGCUCCAGGACAAACUGUCCAAGGCAGUGAAAGCGAGCACAGAGGCCACUGAGCUGCUGCAGAAUGUUCGGCAGGCCAAAGAGCGGCUAGAACGAGACCUGGAGCGCCUGCGAGGCAAAACCGACUGUAGUGACACUUUAAAACGCCGCCUGAGAGAGACAGAGCAGGAGGGCAGGAAGACCCUAGAGAACCAGGUAAAGAGGCUGGAGAUGGUUGAGCGCCGGGAGAAUAAGCUGAAAGAUGACAUUCAGACCAAAUCCCAGCAAAUCCAGCAGAUGGCUGAAAAGAUCCUGGAACUGGAGGAGAAUCUGCGGGAUGCCCAGUCGACAGCCCAGAGGAUGGAAACCCAACUGGUUCAAAAGGAGAGGCUUUAUGAAGACAAGAUCAAGGUUCUGGAGGCCCAGAUGAAGGUAGACCUGGCUGACAAGGAGAGCCUUGAGGCCAGAAGGGCCCAGCAGGAGGCGGAGUCAAGGGAGAACUGCAAACUUAUCAGUGAACAGAAAGCGACCAUUAAUGCUAUGGAUUCCAAGAUGAAGAACCUGGAGCAGCGCAUCGCUGAGCUGUCAGAGGCUAACAAGCUGGCCGCUAACAGCAGCAUCUACACCCAGAAGAAUAUGAAAGCCCAGGAGGAGAUGAUCUCAGAGCUUCGGCAGCAAAAGUUCUAUUUGGAGUCUCAGGCAGGCAAGCUAGAGGCCCAAAAUGCCAAACUGGAGGAGCACCUGGAGAAGAUGAGUCAGCAGGAGCAAACCAAGAGGACCCGGCUGUUGGAGCUGGAGAGUAGGCUGCGGGAGAUGGGCCUAGAACAUGAAGAAGAGAAGCUGGAGAUCAAGAGACAGGUGUCAGAGUUGACCCUCUCCCUGCAGGAGCGCGAGUCCCAGAUUAGCAGCCUGCAGGCUGCUCGUCUUGCCCUGGAGAGCCAGCUGCAGCAAGCAAAGACUGAGCUGGAGGAGACCACCGCUGAGGCUGAGGAGGAGAUCACCGCCCUCAGGAAUCACAGAGAUGAAAUUCAGCGCAAGUUUGAUGCUUUGAGAGACAGCUGCUCAGUGAUCACUGACCUGGAGGAACAGCUUACACAGCUCAGUCAGGAGAAUGCUGAGUUGAACCGCCAGAAUUUCUACCUGUCCAAACAGCUUGAUGAAGCGUCAGAUGAGAGGGAGGACCAGCUGCAGCUCAGCCAGGAAGUGGACAGGCUGAGGAGGGAGGUGGCUGACCGCGAGAUGCACCUCAACAACCAGAAACAGAACAUCGAGACACUGAAGACCACAUGCAGCAUGCUGGAGGAGCAGGUGGUGGAGCUGGAGUCCCUAAACGACGAGUUGCUGGAGAAGGAGAGGCAGUGGGAGGCUUGGAGAGGUGCCCUGGAGGAUGAAAAAAGCCAAGCUGAGAGACGCACCAGAGACCUGCAGAGACUGUUGGACAAUGAGAAGCAAAACAGGCUGCGUGCAGACCAGCGCAGCACUGAGUCUCGCCAGGCAGUGGAGCUGGCAGUCAAAGAGCACAAGGCUGAGAUACUAGCCUUACAGCAGGCCUUGAAGGAGCAGAGACUGAAGGCUGAAAGUCUGUCUGAUACUCUCAAUGAUCUGGAGAAGAAGCACGCCAUGCUGGAGAUGAACGCCCGCAGCUUACAGCAGAAACUGGAGACAGAGAGAGAACUGAAACAGAGGCUGAUGGAAGAGCAAGGGAAGCUGCAGCAGCAGAUGGACCUCCAGAAGAGCCACAUAUUCCGUCUGACCCAAGGCCUGCAGGACGCCCUGGAUCAGACCGACAUGCUCAAGACUGAGCGGACCGAUCUGGAGUACCAGCUGGAGAAUAUACAGGCUGUAUACUCCCAUGAGAAGGUGAAGAUGGAGGGGACCAUCUCCCAGCAGACCAAACUCAUUGACUUCCUCCAGGCCAAAAUGGACCAGCCCACCAAGAAAAAGAAGGGUAUAUUCGGGCGGCGGCGGGAGGAUGUAGGCACCACGACUAACGGGGCGCUGGCUCCACAGGCCCAGCCGGCAGUUCCCAUGCAGUACGGUGACAUGAAACUGGCUUUGGAGAAGGAGCGCUCAAGGUGUGGAGAGCUGGAAGAGGCUCUGCAGAAGAUGAGGAUAGAGCUACGAUCCCUCAGAGAGGAGGCUCAUUUCAAAGCCCAGGAACACGUGGCUCCUUCCACACCGGCCCAGGCUCGACAUCAAAUCCUCAUGUCAGCCAUUGUCAAAUCCCCAGAACAUCAACCCAACCCCAGCAGCCUGCUCAACCCCUCCACACGCUGCAAGGAGACCUCCACACCUGAAGAAAAGAGGAGGGUCACCUUUGAAAAGUUUGGUCGUCGUGUGAAAGAGAGAAUGCACCACAACAUCCCUCAUCGUUUCACUGUGGGCCUCAACAUGAGGGCUGCCAAGUGUGCCGUCUGCCUGGACACUGUGCAUUUUGGACGACAGGCUGCCACUUGUCUAGAGUGCCACACCCUGUGUCACCCUAAAUGCUCACCAUGUCUUCCGGCCACCUGCGGUCUGCCAGCUGAGUAUGCCACUCACUUUUCAGAGGCUCUGUGCCGAGAAAAGGCAAACUCUCCUGCGCUGCAGAUCAAAGAGGCCAGUGGGCAUGUUCGAUUGGAGGGAUGGAUGAAGCAGCCUAGAAAUGGCAAGCGUGGUCAGCAGGGCUGGGAGACGAAAUAUGUGGUGCUUGAUGGAACCAAAGUAUCCAUCUAUGAUACUGAGCCCAGAGAAGACUGUAUAAAAGUAGAGGAGGAGUUUGAGCUCUGUCUGCCUGAUGGAGAGGUGACCGUUCAUGGAGCUGUUGGAGCCUCUGAGCUCAUCAACACUGCCAAGUCAGACAUCCCGUAUGUGUUGAAGCUGGAGUCACAUCCCCACACCACCUGCUGGCCAGGCCAGUCCCUCUACUUCAUGGCACCCAGCUUCCCUGACAAGCAGCGCUGGGUGGCUGUGCUGGAGUCUGUGGUGGCUGGUAGCCGGGGAUCUAAAGACAAAGUGGAUUCUGAUGCUGCAGGUGUUUCUAAAAGACAGAAGAACCUAUCCCCUCUGGUUCAGAAGCUUCUGGGCAAUUCUUUGCUGAAGCUGGAGGGUGAUGACCGUUUGGACAUCAACUGCACUCUGCCUCUCACUGACCAGAUCGUGUUGGUUGGCUCUGAGGAGGGUUUGUAUGCUCUAAACGUCAUAAAGAACUCUUUGACCCACAUCCCUGGGCUGGCCUCCGUCUUCCAGAUCCAGAUCCUAAAGGAGCUUGAUAAGCUGCUGAUGAUCACUGGAGAGGACAGGGCCUUGUGUCUGGUGGAGAUCAAGAAGGUGAAACAGUCUUUGUCGCAGUCCCAUCUCCCGGCUCAGCCUGACCUCAACCCCUUCAUCUUUGAGACAGUCAAGGGAUGCCAUCUCUUCUCCUCUGGAAAGAUUGAUAAUGGGACCUGUAUCUGUGCUGCUAUGCCCAAUAAGAUUACAAUUCUGCGACAUAAUGAAAGCCUAAACAAGUUCUGCAUCAGAAAGGAGAUUGAGACAUCAGAGCCCUGCAGCUGCAUCCACUUCACUGGCUACAGUAUUAUUAUCGGCACCAACAAGUUCUAUGAGAUUGAGAUGAAGCAGUAUGUGCUGGAAGAGUUCCUGGAUAAAAAUGACGUGACGCUAGCUUCAGCUGUCUUCGCCGCGUCCUCCCACAGCUUCCCCAUCUCCAUCAUCCAGGUCACCACGGCUCCGCAGAAAGACGAAUACCUGCUCUGUUUCCAUGAGUUUGGUGUGUUUGUGGAUGCAUACGGCCGCAGGAGUAGAAGUGAUGACAUCAAAUGGAGCCGCCUGCCUCUCUCGUUUGCCUAUAGAGAACCCUACCUGUUUGUGACCUACUUCAACUCUCUGGACGUUAUUGAAAUUCUGGGACACGCUGCUCUGGGGCCCCACUCAUAUGCACACCUGGAUAUCCCAAACCCACGCUACCUUGGCCCAGCCAUCUCAUCUGGCGCCAUCUACCUGGCCUCUUCCUACCAGAACAAACUGCGGGUCAUUUGUUGCAAGGGCAACCUGGUCCAGAGCCAAGAGGGUGUAGGAGACCUGCAGCGGAACGGCUCCGGACGCAGCCCUAACAAGCGUGGGCCUCCUUCCUACAAUGAGCACAUCUCUAAAAGGCUGGCGGCCAAUCCCCUAGUUCACGGAGAUCCCGGCACACCUCACCGGUACCGAGAGGCUCGCACAGAGUUUCGACGGGACAAGUCCCCCAGCCGUCCACUGGAGAGAGAGAAGUCUCCUGGCAGGAUGCUGGAGAGUCGGAUAGUGGGGUCUCCAGGCAGGGCCAUGACUGACCCAAGGUUAGAGCGCUCCCCUGGCAGGGCCAUGGCAGACCCUCGAAUGGACCGCUCUCCUGGCCGGAUGAUGGACGUUCGUAGGGAGAGGUCCCCUGCACGAUUCGAAGAGCGCCAAAGGCUUCAUACUGGCUCUGGUCGCACGCCCAUAAACCCUGUUAACAAGGUAUGGGACCAAUCAUCAGUUUGAGAGACAGCAGAGCCACAUACCCAGCAUGGACACAGAAAUUCAUCUUUGGAAAGGGAAAGAAGGGAGCAGAGAUCCAGCGAGAAUGUCACCAACUCAUGAUGAAACACUGCCACACAUCAGUUUUGCCUGACAUCUAAGCUGACAAACCCACAGAGGAAAACAACUGUAGCCGUCAGAACAGAGAGAGAAUGAGAGAAAUAAAUAGAUGUCAUUAGAAUCAGGUUGUUUUUCUCACUGAACUGACCCUAGUCAAUAAAGGUCAACAAAAUGCCAUAUUUAACAGCUUUUUGACAGGGUUUUUUGCGACGUACUCGGAGAAGGAAUUAGUAAUUUGAUUUCUUUUUCAACAACAAAAUCUGUGAUGUGAGUUCUCAACUUUAGACCUGACUCUGUGGGUUUUGCUAGUUUCAGUUAAUUCCAGACAGUAGUGACUACGAUAGAUAAGCACAGCCGUAGCAACUUUAUCUUACAAGUCAAUGCCUACAUACAAAGUCAGUCACUAGUGAAAAUGGCAGAGGUUCACUCAAAAUAGUAUUAAUACAACUGGCUCCUUUCCACACUCAGCUCUGUCCACAGUAGCUACAGAACAAGGCAUGAGUAUUGUACAUCUAAUAGCAUUUCUAGCUCCAGCCCUGCGUUGACUUGUCAACACACAAUCAUUAUCAGCUAAUUACAAUCAUUCUCUGCUAAUCUCAGUCUUCUGGCGAGACUGUGGUUAGUUUCAGUGACAGGACUUGGCUGGAGCACAAACAAAUUUUAAUCAAAUUUAAAAUAAUUGAACCCUUCCCUGCCCUGUAGAGCCACACACCAGAAGAUAGUCUGCCCUCAGAUAGGUCGACACUAAAACUGCACUACCCACAAUCCUCAGCAGGACUUUCUAAUCCUUCAGAAUGCUAUCUGACUGUAAAUAGACAAGACAUAAUUUUAUAUAUAUUGAGAAGGAAUUUCAAGGCUGGAUAAGCCACGUCUAUUUUUGUUAAAGAAAAAAGUGAUUACGUGUCCUCUUGAAUGUCCAAUGAGUAUUAUUUUAAUAUGUCCAAACAUCCUUUAUCAAGUGAGUGAUUGUAUCUGGAUCCAACUCGUGUAUGCACUUCCAUCUGUCAAAGGCAAAACCUCAGUGCUGAACUAUAUCACGGGGAAUCAUGUUUGAAGCUUACAACAUAGUACUUGAGCAUUUGUUUUGGUACAAUGUCUCUUAUAUUGUAUAUAACCCAAAAUUGUUCAAGGUGAAGAUGAAAAUAAUCUUUGUUUUUUUCCUGAUUCGUAAAUGGCAUGGAUAUGUAUAUCUGAAAUGAAAGAGUGUUGUCUUCUGCUUCUUCCUCAUUUGGGUUAAAUUUUUAUUCCACGAGUUAACAACGAAGCACGUGAAUAAUAAUCGGCUUUCUUUUAACUAUUACCUAUUUGCACAGUAAAUUCAUAUGAUUUUAAUUACUAAAUCUCUUUUUCUUUUAUUCAGGCACACUUGGCAAGUUAAACAGCCAGUUCAACCUUAAAAGGCACUAAAAUCCGUCCAGAUGUAUUUUGGCUCUCAUUGUCAAAGUGCUUACACUUGACAAAGCUGAUUUUAUUUCUAUACAUCAUAAUUUGAUGUAUGGAAAUAGAAUAUUGUUGUGGUUUUUAGAAUAUAUACAGAUGAGAUGCCACACUUGAACUUGCCCAGUGUGUCUGUUAACAGUAGGGCGCUCAAUAGGAAGAUGUUUCUUCAACUUUAUGAAUCCACUAUGGUUCUUUUUAGAUGUAAAAAACUUCCUGAAUGUAUUUAAGCCAAGAAGAUGGAACUGAUUCAUUGGUCAGAAAUAUUCAAGAAAAAGCACCCAAUGCUACAGAUUGCACAAGUUUUCCACUGGUCUCCAUAGGACUCUAUACAAUGGGUUUCCCAUCUUAUUUUAUUUUAUUUUUAUAUUCUUUUGAAUUUGUAUUUCAUUUCACAUGAUCCUGAAUCAUAACGCUAUAACGCUGGAUAUGAUAUUGAUGUCUGCUAACAAAUGUUUUAUUAGCGUUCCCUGUAGAGAUUUUGUCACAGAAUAUUAAAUAUUAUAACCAUUGUCUUUCA